AUGUUCAAGAUUCAGCUGUUACAGAAAAGUUUUAAAAAUCCUCAUCAUUUUAUUAAAAAUAUAAGGCAGACAUUUUUAACCAAUAUAUUACAUAAGUGUUACCAAGCUCCUAAUACUCAACGACAAAAACUCAGGCAUCGUUGUUGUAACACAGGUCUGAAAGAGCUAGACAUUAUAUUUAAGAAUUUUUCUGAUAAUUACCUGGACGAACUUUCAUGUAUUCAACUAAAAGAGUUUGAUCUAUUACUACGAAAUGAAACUUUAGAUCUCUAUGAUUGGUUAACAGGCAAGCGUUCUACGCCUUCUGAGAUUAAGAAUCUUACAACUUGGAAUUUGUUGACUUACAAAACAAAUAAUAAUUCUAUUAUAUCUUAA